AUGAUGUCCCCAAAUCAAAUCCCUGAUAAUCGAGGCACUUCUCGUUCUCCUACGUUCAGGCAAACUCCCCUGCAAAUCAUCCACAUUAUUGGUAACCUCCUGCGGAUUUGGUCAGUUUACUCUGUGUGCCGUUACUUAUCUCAAUCAGGGGCGUCGGUGAUUUUGUUCAUCUUCAGUUGUCUUGUUCCAGCAUCCUUUCUGUUUUUACUUUUGCAAAAACCUUGGAAGGGCAGACCUCUUUCAAAUACUCAGGUUGUAGUGCCUUCUGUGAUAAAUGGUGGUAUAACAGCCCUAUACUUCAUCUUGUGGGGAAAGGGGCUUAAGUCUUGUGGUCCUCUCAGGGCCAUAUUGGCUGAGUAUUCUGGUGCUGUUCUUGGAGUAUUAUCUGGAGUUUUAUAUGGGAGGAGAGGCAAUGUGUGGAAAAAGGUGGGUGGCCUCUUGGCAAUGUUGGCAUCGUUCUACUUCUUGUCUCAAGGAUGGGCCAUGGCCACAAAAACUCCAUUUGAUAUCCUUUCUAAAUCGAGCAAUGAUAAUCAAGAGGCAGAGGUCCAGUCAGCUGAUGUCUUAGGAAUCAAAGAGAUGCUAAUUCCCAUCUUUGCUGGAAUUUUAUCAGCAUUAAGAAGAGUGAUUGCAAGACGUGUCUCACUUAAGAAUCAACUCAAAAGGAGGCUUAAUGCCAUAACUAUUUCUUCUGCUACCUGUUUUCUGUUCCCUGUUGCCAUGUGGGAUAUGAUCAUUGGAUCAACUGAUGUAGAAUUGCCAUUUUCUGUAUGGGCCUUUUCGAGCUUUAUUCUUUUUGGUAUUAUUUUGAUAUUUUAUGUGGACAGUAUAGCAGAGGAAAGACUGCAUAUGGUCUUCUCAUCUCCUAGACAUUUAAGUGUCGCUGGAGGAUGCAUCAUUGUCAUGGAGAUUGUCUACAAGAUGGAUUUCUCCCUACCUGGCUUUCUACUCUGUGCUGCCAUUUUGAGCUUUGGGAUUCAUGAAGCCACUUCAUUGGACCGUAACAGAAAAGACUCCUUGCAAAGUUCAGAACCAGAAGGAGCUUAUGACGACCAAAUCCAGAUGUCCGCACUUCCAACUUGA